AUUCGACUGUAUAUCUUUGGGUAUGUUAGGAGGUAUUAUACAUUUGACAUCUUCAACAUAAUAGGUGCAUUAUCCACACGUCAACUAGGUUUUGAUUCUUUUGAUCAACGGGAUAAAUCAGGUAAAUCGUUUUAGUAUUCACGUCAAUGAUAUUUACGGUACACUACUGCACUAGUACUGUCCUAUUCUUCCCACUUCGUCGUCUUCGUACGUUGAUUUUCCUCCUCUUUCACAAAAUCAUCCGACUACGUUAAAGGCAGCAUCAGUAUGAGUUCAGGAUUCUCAACUAAAGUUCCCGAUUGCGUGGUCCAGAGAUGCUACGAGUACGAAGGCGUCAUCAUACCCAACAUGAUGCCCAAGGAUGUGAUAGAACGCGUCAGGAAGUUUGAGUGUCGACCCGAUGAUCUCUUCAUAGUAACCUAUCCAAAGUCAGGUACAACUUGGAUGGAGCACCUUUGUAUGCUAAUUAAACAUGACGGUGAUGCCAGCCAGUUAGGGGGCGUCCAUCUUGUGUUGAAGGUUCCAUUUCUUGAGAUAUUACAGGACCGUAAUCACAAUGCCACGUCACCAGCAUUUGUUGAUUUGGCCGAGAAGAUGUCGUCUCCAAGGAUGCUCAAAUCUCACUGUCAUCCACCCUUCUUACCCCUGGAUAUCCGAACCGAUGAUCCGAAAGCAAAGGUUAUUUACGUGGCUCGAAACCCAAAGGAUACGGCUGUCUCCUACUUCCAUUUCUGCCAUUAUACGCCGGUUCUUCCAAAAUAUGAAUCUUGGGAUGUUUUCUUUGAGGAGUUUCUCGCUAAUAGGGCUCCUCAGGGAUCUUGGUUUGAAAACGUGUUACCAUGGUGGAAGAGAAGAAAUCAUCCUAAUGUUCUCUUUCUCAAGUACGAAGAUAUGAAGAAGGAUCUUACAGGAGCCGUACGACAGAUAGCCGAAUUCAUGGGGAAGACUCUCUCUGAUGACGUCAUAGAUACAAUCGCAGAAGCUUCGACGUUUAAAGCAAUGAAGAACAAUCCUUCAUCAAAUCCUGAUACUCUGAUAAUGAAGGAUUUAGAGCAGGCUGGAAUAGAGAAACCAAAAGACAAAUCAUUCAUGAGGAAAGGUGUGGUAGGAGACUGGAGGAAUUAUUUCACUAAUGAUCAAAAUAAACGAUUUGACGAAGUAUAUGAGAAGGAAAUGGCGGGAUCUGGACUUGAAUUCGAAUUUUAGGAUUGCUCUUAGGAAAACAUUUCAAUCAGUUCCAUAUUCAACAUCGAUGAUAGAGCAUAUUGAAAUAAUAUUAUUGUGAUUUUUUAUUGAAUAAAAAUAGCUGCAUGUUGAUAGGCAUUAUGUAUUUUCCAUAACAGUAUUUUAAGAUUUUCCCCUUUGAAAUUACACACAUUAUACAUGUUAUAUAUAUAUAAUGUAUGUAUGUAUAUAUAUAUAUUGCGAAAGAAAUGAAUAUAGAAAACAAUGGUAGGCAUAGCUCGAUUAUUUCUUUCACAACAUAUUUGAAUAAAAAUAGUUCCGAAAGCUUAUGUACAUGUAUAAUGUCUCACAUGUUAUGAUAAUAUCAUGUGUAUAUUAUAUACCGGUAUAUAUCGGUUUUGUGAAUUUGAUUUCUAAUAUAACAGCUGUAGGUCAGCAUAAGAUUUCUUUCAUUUUUUUUUCAUUUUGCCGUCCUGCGAACACCAUAAAUGUUUGCAUUCUUUCAAAUGAGAAAUGUACUCUGUGAACUUUGAAUAUCGAGAUAAUAAUGCAUGAAGACAGUAAUAUCGGAUUACAAAAAGUAGCUUGACAGUGUGUAAUUUUAGUCGUGUAGAAAGAUUUUGUAUAUUUAUAUUUUUUAAAAUAUUUUUUUUAAUGUUAAGAUUCAUGGCCUUCUGUAUAUUAAUUGCUUUAUGAGACAUGUUCAACAUUCAAUAGGUAUGUACACAAUUUAAAAAUGCUCCGCUACCAAUGUCAAUAGAUCAAUAUGGUUCGGCUUACGGCUUUGCGCUCGCAUUAUUCAUUUAAUGAGAUAGCCAUUAAACAUGUUAAAAUGUCAACUUAGCAGGUGAAUAUAUUAAGAGAUUUUAGCUCACGCUUCACGCUUGCUUUAUUUCUUUUACGAAAUAUGCAACAGGACAAUGUUACAAGUUUACUAUGACAAAAUAUGCCUAAAAAGUGCACCCUUCUUGGGUCAAAAGCUCAAAUCUAGUGAGAUUCGUAUCAUGUUCAUGAAUUUCAAGUCAUUCCGUAUCACUUUUAAAUUCCUGCGUUUCAAUACCUACAAAAAAGUACACAAAAAGUUGGUUAUGUCGUCUAAAAAAGCCAUGGGAUAUUCAAUCACUGGAUGUUUUUUUGAGGAACUCAGCUGUCCCACUCUUGUUAAACUGUUCUGGAAGACAGCAUGCUGUCUAAUUAUGCAUUAACAAAGAAUCUGUGAAAUUGUGUACGAUCGAUUUAUUUUCAUUGUUGAAUACUCAAUACAAAAAACUCAAAUAAUGAAAAGAUGAUGUUGCGCUUACCUUAAUGAAAAAUACCUGAAUUUUAAAAGAAAUCCAGGUAGUCAAGUUUGGAAUAAGAUCCCACCCCCUGUAAUCAAACAGGCUGGGAGCCAAGCUGUUUCCGAGAGAGCUGUAAGACGUUUUCUCAUUUGAUUUCUAAGCUUCACACAUUAGAUAUAUAAUCAUACAAUGCAAUCGCGUUUUGUUUUUUUUACUUUAAAAUUAUAUUACUUUUUGUACUAUAAUAUAUAUAGAAUUAUA